GAGCGCAGAAAACAACGUGCUUGUGUUUAUAUGCUGACGGCGGGAGCGUGUUUGACGUUUGAUAGCCAGACUGCCCUCCAGAUGUACAAAAUUUGGAUUUUGUUGUCAUUUGCUGGCAAAUAUGAGGUAGGCCCAGCGACGGCCCGCGGACCCCCUGCUGUGAAGUGCCGUGGUCGUUAAACACUGGCGCUAGCACCAUGCUAAAUGAGCUACUGUAGCUCACCGAGGAAGUUAGCAUACUUCAACCAUAAUCUAAUAAUCAACCAUAAUCAACCAUAAUCAUACUAUAAAUGUAGUCACCUCCACUUCGAGUAUUUCACGAAGACGUCGCAAAUUAGAGAUGUUCUCGUGGCGGGUCAUAGCGGUCCUGACGUUCCUCCUCACCGUGUCCUUGUUGGCUGGAGACAGGACGGUCGCUUCAGAAUGCAGCACGUCCUCGGUUUACGUUCUCUCGGCUGGGGUGGAUGUGCAGAGAGCGGAGCAGAACCAAAAACGACACCUGGAGGCUCUGUUCAAUAGGUAUGGACAAAACGGGACCAUCUCCCUGGCGGGCCUGAAGCGCCUCCUCCAGAGUGUGGGCUUGGACCGUGUGAGGAGCGUGACUGUGCAACACCGCCAUCAUCACCAUGACCACGAUCAUGACCACGGCGCAUCACACAAACCCUCUGACAGCCCCAGAGAGCGUCAGAGGCGGAGCACAGACAAAGCUCAGAAGGCGGAUGCCGACUCACAGUUUGUCAGCAACGCCUCUGAAGAUCAACUCACCAGACGUCAGACACACGCAACAGGAAGCCACUCAAAUGAUCACGAUCACAUAGAUGGUGAUGGCCAUGAUCAUGAUCAUGAUGGCCACACGCAUGAUCACAUUGAUGACCACGGCCAUCAUGAUCAUGAAGAUGACCACGGCCAUGGCCAUCAUGAUCAUGAAGAUGACCACGGCCAUGACCAUCAUGAUCAUGAAGAUGUCCACAGCCAUGGCCACGUGGACCAGGAUGUCGAGUGUCUGAACGCCUCCAACAUCCUCUCCUCACACGGGAUGGGCCAGGAGGGGGGCGUGACCCUGGCCGACUUCACAUACCUCUGCCCCGCCCUCCUCCACCAGAUAGACGCUGGUGCCUGCGUUCUGCACGAAGGCAGCGACCCGACGCAUCAUGGACGCGAUCUCAGCGCCAAGGACAUCACAAUAGCGUGGCUCGGCGGCUUUGUGUCCAUUAGCAUCAUCAGCCUUCUAUCACUGCUGGGUGUCGUCCUCAUCCCGCUCAUGAACAGGGUCUUCUUCAAGUUCCUUCUCAGCUUCCUGGUGGCGCUGGCUGUCGGCACCCUCAGCGGCGAUGCAUUCCUGCACCUCAUCCCUCACUCUCAGGGCGGACACCAGCACCAACAUUCCGGGCUGAAGCAUGCACAUGGAGAAGACCUGGACACUGUGUGGAAAGGUCUAACAGCUCUUGGCGGUGUCUACUUCAUGUUUCUCAUUGAACACUUCCUCACGCUGGGAAAAAUGUACAAGGAUAAGAAACAGAAGACGCAGAAGAAACAGAACCACAAGGCGGACCUGGAGAAGCAGCUGGCUCUGGACGAUGACAACAUGCAGACAGGCCAAGACAUGGAGACCAAUGGUGGCGGCGUUUUCGCCGAUCGUGCAGACACGGAGGACGACGGAGUGGCGGAGGAGGAACAGGUGAUGCUGCAGGUGUCGUCAGCGGCAGCGCAUGGUUACACGGCCGAUGACUGCGAGAACAAAUGCCACUCCCACUUCCACGACACGGUGGGCCAGGCCGACAGCUUGCACCACCAUCACCAUGACUACCACCACAUCCUGCACCACCACCACUCCCAGAACCACCACCCUCACAGCCACGCCCACUCGUACUCUGAGCACCACUUCCAAGAGGCGGGCGUGGCCACACUGGCCUGGAUGGUCAUCAUGGGCGAUGGCUUGCACAACUUCAGCGACGGCCUGGCCAUCGGCGCGGCAUUCAGCGAGGGGCUAUCCAGCGGCCUCAGCACAUCUGUGGCGGUUUUUUGUCAUGAACUGCCUCACGAGUUGGGUGACUUUGCGGUGCUGCUGAAAGCGGGAAUGACGGUGCGUCAGGCCAUCCUGUACAAUGUGCUGUCGGCCAUGAUGGCGUACUUUGGCAUGGUGACGGGUAUCUUGAUCGGACAUUAUGCAGAGAACAUCUCCAUGUGGAUCUUCGCCCUAACCGCAGGGCUCUUCAUGUAUGUGGCGCUGGUGGACAUGGUUCCAGAGAUGUUGCAUAAUGAUGCGGGCGAUCACGGUUUCAGUCACUGCGGCUUCUUCCUGCUGCAGAACGCCGGAAUCUUGUUGGGUUUCGGCAUCAUGCUCCUCAUCGCCAUCUUCGAGCACAAGAUCCAACUGGACCUGGGAUUCUGACAGCGAGCGGCCCAAAUUCCUGCUGCAUUCCAUUGUUAUUAUUUGUUCUCGAAGGUCCAAGAUCACUUCCUGGUGAUACAGGAAGACGAGCACUACACUAAAAUCCUUCUGUUACACCUCAUAGCAUGGUAUUGUUGGUGUCAUAAGCUCCGCCCACCUUGGGCCAGAGUGGCUUGACAUAUGCAGACAGACAGGUCAUUGUAGAACUUCUUCCUCAAAAUGUGAUAGGACUGUCAGAACCAAGGUUCUGGUUCUCCUCACAAAAGAUAAUAAUAGGUCAAACAAUUUUUUAAAAAUGUUUAAUUUAUUUUUAUGUUUGAGUGACUUGUAUUUUUGUUGUUGUUUGGGCCAAAAAGGUCAAAAUGAGAAGGUUCUAGUGGCUUAACUUUGAAAGUCCAAGUCGACCCAUCCACUUACUACCCCGCUACUAAAGUGCACUUUGGCUGCAGAGCCAUUUACAUCGGGUUGGACCCACAUUCCUUCACACAAAUAAACAUUGGUUCUGCCUGAAAUCCACCCA